ACCUACAUGUAUCCAAGCAGCUAUGGCGAAGACGCCAACGAUGGCGCCUUCGAUUUCACAGAAAAGAGUAUACGAAGGGGAUUUAUUCGAAAGGUCUACGCGAUUCUCAUGUGUCAACUGCUGGUCACCCUGGGUGUCAUUGCUCUGUUCCUUUUCCACGAACCCACAAAAAUUUUUGUUAGAAAUAAUACAUAUCUCUUUUGGGUGGCAUUCAUCAUUUUGUUCGUGUGUUUGAUUGCCAUGGCGUGUUGCCCGGAUGUACGGCGACAGACGCCGAUGAACUUCAUAUUCCUGUUCAUCUUCACGUGCGCGCAGAGCUUCCUUCUGGGUGUCACUAGCAGCGUCUACGAUGUAUCUGAAGUAAUGAUGGCCAUCGGUAUAACAGCCGCAGUAUGUCUCGGUCUGACACUCUUCGCUUUCCAAACCAAAUUUGACUUCACAGUCAUGGGCGGAGCGCUUGUAGCUUUUACAAUGGUCCUACUUGUAUUCGGUAUUCUGGCUAUCAUAUUCCGCAACAACAUAGUAAAUAUCGUGUAUGCCGCCUUAGGAGCAUUUAUUUUCUCCCUCUAUCUUGUGUACGAUACACAAUUGAUGAUGGGAGGCAAGCAUAAGUACAGCAUUUCACCGGAGGAGUACAUUUUCGCGGCUCUGAAUUUGUACUUGGAUAUCGUCAACAUCUUCUUAUUUAUUCUCACAAUUAUAGGAAAUAGAUAG